AUGUAUUUUUCGUCGCUUGUCGUUGCCAUCGAAAAGAUAUUCUACAAAGAUCUCAACAGUGAUGAUUCCUUUACACCCACUGCCAAACAUUUACAGCUGUUAGAGUUGAUAUUAUCACAACACUUUGGAAUAAAAUGGGAGAACAAACAUUUAAACAAGAUCGAGGGUGUACCAGAUUCACUACAGUAUCUCAUAGAUAUCUAUCAUCUAAAGAUAGAUGUAAUCGAUAGUCAUCCAGGAGUUACGAGAAUCAAGAAAGUAACCACUGUCUAUUUAGAAAAUCUUUCUUUAAGUUUCUUACGAUUAGCAACAAUCGGUUAUAAUAGAAAUAAUCAAAGAGUUUCAUCAUCCAAGAAGAAUAUCGUGGGUGCUGGCAGAUACGAUGGUUUGGGAAUUAGCUACCUGUUAAAGACAUUCAAUAUUAUUCCAAGUAUGAAAACCAACAAGUAUGCUCUUAGCAAGUCAUUGUUUAGGCGUGAUCUCUUUGAGUUUGGUAACUUGGUCACACCGGAAAGACAUCUAAAGCUAUCGAGUAACAUCGAGAUAUUCAAGAGUUCGCUACCAUCAUUACAGUCACUUCAGUAUAUACAAUCGAUCAACUCUGACUUUACAAAUAUUGCAUUUCAAUCGGUAGAUCAAUGGACCAAACUAGAAACACUGCAAUUCUACUUGGUGCACUGUUCGAAAACCAUAGGUAAUACCUACUAUCGAUUCUUGAUUCGUGCGAUGUUAGACGCUGUUGCGUGUGGUCGUCUGGAUUUGGUGAGAUGUCUCGAUCAUGUUCAACCGGUUGUUAUCGCUAAACACUCAGCCUCUGGAGAUAGCGAUUCAAUACAACCGCUACAAUGUAGCAGAGUUUAUCAUCACUCAAAAGAUUGA